UUGUCGGUUUUGCUGAGGAGACAAAGAAAAGUUAAAACCACAGCAUAGAUAGAUGUGCUCCCUUCUGACUGACUGUGUUGUAUUAUGCCAUUAACAAAGAGUGAUUAUGUAUUUUUCACAGACGCAGUUCUACAUGCUGUCAAGGCUGUUAUGUGAUUACUACAAGCCCGUGCAUGAGUUCCUGUUGGAGUAUGACGUCACGCCAACACUUUAUGCAGCUCCGUGGUUCCUCACGCUCUUUGCUUCUCACUUCCCAAUAGGCUUUGUGGCGCGAGUGAUGGGUUAGUUAAUUUUUUUCUUUUGACAUACUGCGUUGUGUCUUAGUUACUCCGCUCUUAUUGCCGUUAUUCUUUACCUAAACUGCAAAAUUUAUCUUCAUGAUAGAAGGCUAGAGUUCUGUUACCGGUGUUUCAUAAGUAGGUUGAGUAUGAUCGUCCGGGUGAACGUAGUCCUGAAUAGGACUGUUAAUGUCAUUGGUGCGUUUCGAUUCGUCUAUUGUCACAGUUAAGCAGUCGUUUAUUGGUAGUCAACUUGUCGGUUGUCCAGUUAUUCUCUCGUAGUUUGUUUUGCUUCAGUCCGUCAAUAAGUCGUUUGUACAGUGCCGGUAACUUUUGACUACGAUUCAGUGCGCACCAAUGUAACAAUGUCAUUACGAGUCUUCGAAGCCAAUAAAAUCGCGGCUUAACUGAGAGACGACCAAUAACAUCGCGACCUAAUUGACCAAUCAGAUCAAUAACCAGAGUUCAAUACCAUCACCUGACGUGAUGCAACUCACUUUAACUCCGAAGAUGAGUACCGCACAGGUUGUUGAAAAGUCAGUCACUGUCAACAAAAGUCCUAUUCAGGACUACGUUCCCGAACGAUUAUACUCAACCUACUUACGAAAUGACUCCUGGGUUCAAACCUUUCACAGUUGUACCAGUGUUUGCUAACUUGUUUUUGUCCCCUCUCUCAGAUAUGAUGUUCCUUCAAGGAAUGGAGGUCGUGUUUAAGGUACGAUAAUUAGCAAGUUAUUGGAUGAGGCCGACUCCAAUAAUUUAUUGUUUUAUUAUUCUUUCAAAAAAAUAGUACUACAUACUUAAAAACGGGCUUAGUGAGCUCGAUCGAUAGUAAGUUUAAGUUCCCUUCUUCAUUUGACUCUUGUUCAGCAAAUUCAGGAUGUUAACCCCUUAAGCGGCGGAACAUUUCUCCCUUUUUGCGAAGAAGAAAUAGUCGAACUACUGCGUAAAAACAUAGCAAGAACAGCAAAAACAUAACUCGAUGGAUGACAACUGCUUUGAUGAAUAUAUAGUGCUAGACUUACCAUUUAUUAACCCUUUCAACCUUCACAUCAAAAUUUGAAUUCUCAUUUGUUGCCCCUAUUCAUUUCCUACAGAAGUGGUGGGGAGAAGUUGGUAAAAUAUCAAGCAAAUUCAUCAUGUGUGAUCGUGUUCGUAAUUCUCAUGACCACUCUAUUUUACAAAGCAUUGAUGUUACAAGGAGAAAUUUGAUGUUGACCACUCUUAGGGCUUCAAGGGUUAAGGUAACCAUUUUUUCUUCAAUGUAAAUGUUAUUAGGUGAUUCUGUUUCUCCUUGGAUCAUGUCAAGACGAGUUAUUGUCCAGUGACGGACUGGAAGGCGCUGUAGAAGUCAUAAAAAUCUCAGUACCUCCUUUUGCCGAGCAGAACAUUGAGAGACUGGUCAGUGAAGUGUUGUCCCUUGAUGUGAGCAAAGAUCUUCAAUCGUACGAGGUGAGUGGCAGAGAAUAACAUGAGCGACCCUAAGCAAUCACGACGGCGACGGCAGCAAAAAUGGCUCCAUUUAGAGAGCAGGUGUUUACAGUUUUUGUUCCGUCUGUUGGGCACUUGCGAUGUUAUCGGCUUGCUAUGUCAUGAAAUGUAACCUGUUUUAUCAAAGAAAAUAAAUCGUGAUUUCUUGCAAGGAAGCAAAAACUUUCGACACACCAGGUGACGCUCAUUUAUGUGACGCAACAAGUUAAGCUUCACCAUCAUGUCGGUAUAUAGCACGACGAUAACUAACGAUGAAUGAUGCGUGACUACUUGCGUUUUUCGACGCAACAGGUCACGCUUAUUUUACUGACGCAAUAGGUCACACUUUAUCUUCAUGUUAUGACCACAAUUACCCCUUUUUUGCAAAGUUUCUUUUGACCAGAAAAAAAUGAAUUGGCAAAAUGACAAGCAACAGCUGAAGCGUAAUAGACUCUCCUUGUUUGCGGACUCAAUAAUACAGUAUUUUGUGUCUGGCCUUCAGAAUUAUCCAUAUGGCCUUUCUUACUUACGGACAUUACGGACACGACAGGACUGCAUAGUGUUUCGGUUUUUAUAGAAACCGUAAACACAGAAGUCAUUACUAAUGAAAGUAAUUCGUUUUCUUUCAAAAUCUUAUCAAAUUUAUUGCGAAUCUUCUUGGAGUUGAGGUGUCGUAAGUCAUGUUUCCGUAUUAUUGAAGUGUAUGUAUUCUCAACCCUGUGACAUGCUCGAGAACAUGAAAGAAAGAGUAGAUUAGCGGGCAUGUAGACCUACUAUGUCAUCAUCAGGCGAUUUCUCCUGUAGGUUUUCCCAAUGGUUUGGGCAUGCGUUUCUUCAAGUUCUCUUUUUGGCAAUUUUUCCUCUAAGUUUUCUUUAUGUUGCGGGUAUUGCGUUACUUCAGGGUUGGAGUACAGCUGAUGUUACUUGUACGUUUUUCUGACGUUGUGUAUUGCGUUACUCUAAGGUUGAGUACCGUGUACUUAAAGAAGAGGAUUUGAGCGUGACGUCGUUUGAAGAGAUUGAGAGUGAGAGAGUAGAGUCGCUGGAAGCUGAGAUCGCCGUUAAAACGAAACAAAUUCAAAGCCUGAAUGAACAGCUGUCUUGUGCCAGGAACACGAUCCACGGUCUGGAAAGCACUAUCAACACCAUGCAGAUCAACCAGGCCGAGUUAAAAGAUCUGAUAAGAUCUCUGAAAGCCGAGAAUGAAAGUUUGAAAAAGAACUUCGAAAAACUCAAAAGCAAGGUGCUUGAAAAUGGGAACGUGGCCACUGUCAAUGACCUAGCUGAAGCCGCAGGUGACGAAGAAGAAAGAAUAACCGUCCCAACUACCCCUACCGAGAAUAAGCCGACGAGCCCCGAGAUAAACGCGAGUUCUGCCGAAGAGAACACGGACAGUUACGAGCACAUCGGCAGUGGAAAUGAUCUUACCGAUGAUGAGGCCGACUCAGAUGAGUUUACGGAGGGGAAGCCUGGUCCGUGCAGUGCCAGUCUUCCUCUCACUGACGAGUGUGAUGAUCUGGUCGUCAGUAGAUGAGUUCAUUAAAUAUUUUUGUCUUUUGUCUAUACGAAGGGAACUUACAUUAAAAAAAUUGAUUUUUAAUUCACCGGGUGAAAUAUAAUGAUAAAAUGAGUCUAUUUUGUUAAAGGAGUAAUUUAAAUUUUGCAUGAGAGAAUGGAGAUUGUCGUUGCAGUUUAGAUUUCUUUACUGUCGUGCUUAACAAACGCAGAUUUUUCUUGACCAUACUUGAGACAUUUAAUAAGAGUUUCUUGAAAAGUUGGGAGUUGGGUGUGUCGUCACGUACCAGAGGUCGUAGCAAACGUGACAGGUUUCACAAACUUUCAAAUAACAUUGGUUGUCACUGCCCAAGACUAGGUGCAUAUCUUGUGACGAGGUUCUUAAAAUCGUGCAGGCGCACGUGGGAACUGAAUCGUCAUUACACGAGGCAAUUUCACCAGCAGAUUUUUUAAAAUUUCUCUUUGUAUGCAGAGUGCGAGCAUUCGCUCUCGUUUCUUACUUUCUCUUUAGAUGACAGAAAGCACGGAUCCCUUCACGUUAUCACUUUCACAAUGAUGAAGUUAUCAUAAGCAAGUUCGUGAUUUAACUGGUGAGAGGAAUGAAGAACGUCUGCUUGCAAUGUAUUCUCCAGGCAAAUCAACAAAAAAUCUAAAUUGUACUUGCAACACGCCUCUUCAAAUCAGUCAUUCUACCCACUUGGCAUACCUCUGUGUUUGAUGGAUGUGUAUGUCACAUUAAAGCUCUUCUUAAGGAAUGAGUAAAGUUACGAAACAAAACAUAGUUUGCGAAUAGCAGGAAAGUAUACGUUUUCAGAACAAUUUCAAAGUUCUGAGCUGCGGUGUAGUGUUGUCUGUGGGUGAAAGGUUUUGUCAGCCUUGUAUUGCAAGUAACUAGAAAUUGCCUCCUGUAAUUAAACGGUACCUUCAGUGUGUGUGCACAAGUUCACGAUGAGAGAAGAAUACCUGUGGUCCUGUUAUCGUCACCUUGGGAUCCCUGUGGACAGUAAAACCAUUUCGCUUCUGGGUAAAUUUCAUAACCAAAGUACUGGAUCGUCUGACUAAAGUUAAGACUAAACUUAAGGAAAUAUUUUUGUGGUUCAUAUGGAGGCGAAAUACGCGUAAGGGACUUUUGAUAAAGUUAAGCGAUAAUUUCUAGUUUAAUACUGGUUCUCAGUUUGUUCGCCCAGAAGAACAUAGCGCAUGGGGUUAUAAUGCGUAUUUAACAAUUAUUCCUCGAGACCGAAUGGGCUAUUGACUCAGAGGCCAAGAGGGCGAGAGGAAUAAUUGUUUUAGUAAAAUCCAACUAGUUGGUAAAAAAUAUCGAGACAACAACUUUAGCUAGCAAAACGCGAUUCAGCCGCCAUUGUUUUGGUUUUCAAAGCCGGCGCUUUUUGCUACUAUUGGGCUCUAACAUAUAGCCUAGUAGUAGCUCAACCAAUCAGAACGCAGCACUGAUAAUAGACCACUAGUUGGAUUUACUAAAAGCAUGUAACCCAUAUAGCAUGUGGGGUUUUAUGCUUCUGGUUCGCCUAUCUCAGUCAACUGUUCCAGUUAUGGCUUAAAUUAAGUGGGGAUUAGCGGAAAGCAGUUUUUAGUUUGUAGAAAUUGUUUCUUCGGAUCUUCGUUUAAUAAGAUAAACGCCUGUUAUACAGGUAGAAAAUAAAACGUUAAUUUAAGUAGAGAGAAUAUCGUUAAAUAAUGAAUUAAUUUUGUUAUAAGGAAUGCGAAUUUACAGAGUAUAAUUUUCACCGUUUGUAAAAAGAUUCAGUAUAUUGUUUUGCUUUAAGCUGGAAAGCUUUUAUGAUUUGCAGCGAGUCGACCAACAGGAACGGUCGGCACUGUGUGCAAAGGAUUGAUUACUUGAUUAUAAGCAGUUUGCUUACGUAACUGGAUGUGUAGGCUAUCUUUUUCUCUUGUCGUUACUUACAUUGAUAGAGUCUUAUUGUCACAAUUAAAGCAUUGCAAGGAAGGGUAUAUGUUAAGCCAAAGUGAUCGAAGCCUGACUCUUAAGCCUGUUCACAGACCCUCUAUGACGAGUGGCAUGGUGGCUCUUGGUGUGAACGGGCCGGACUGUCAAGACUUUUAUUAACAGCCAUCCAAAACCUUCAAGUAUGACUCACUUGAAUUUUCAGAAAAGACACUUCCUUAUAGAGAAUAGCAAUGUGAAGGCCAGGCGAAAGUAGCGCUUUUUGAGCCAUACGUCAGAAUUUCAAUCAUAGUCCCUAGAUGUUUGUCAAGAAUUUUGUUCAUUCCCAUCUAAAAAUCUCAAGUUCGAAUUUCAUCAGUGGUUCACUUGAACUUUCACAAGACACUUCUGUAUAGCAAUAUGAACGCCGGGCGAAAGCUGCGCUUUUCGAGCCAUACGUCAGAAUUCCAAUCACAGUCGCUAGAUGUUUCAUCAGAGAGGUUACAAUUUUUCACAAUUUAGUCCGUGAAAAUGAUUAGAGGUUUUAAAAGAUACAACGUACAUCCCUAGGCAUAAUUUUAUUUUUCGAAAUAAUCUAUUGCAGACUUGCACCUGAGGACGUUUUCUUUAAUGUGAAUGUACAUUGGGAGCUAAAAAAUAAGAGUAAAGUUUAUUGAACAAGCUUAUAAGGAUAGUUCAUUGACCUAGUUUUAUUUUAUGAAUUGUCUCAAAUAUUUGAAAAUGAUACAAUUUCUGGAUUUCUUUUGCUUUAAAGUGGUAUGUACAUUUUGAAUAGUCCAAUAAUGCAAUAAAAGUCGUGAAUUUUGGU